GAUGACCGAAUCCAAUUUUUGCCGGCGACGGAGGAAAGUCGGAGACUGUCAGAGAUAGAGACUCAUCGAUCUCACGUGUCACUGGUCCGAGUCAAAACUUUUCUGAUUUCAUCUUAACGCGUCUUUCAUGUCUAAUAUUCACGAGAAGGAACUCCAGGCAGACCUAAAAUCCGGCGUCGAAAAACUCAUGCGUGAAAACAAUAAUCUAAACUACACCGAAGCUUUAUCUCGAGUCACGAAGGAUAUGCUAAAAAACAACCCUUUCGUUCCUCCAACUUCCGGAUGUCCGAUAAAUGACCUGCCAAAUGAGCUUCUUGCUCACAUAUUCUACGUUGGAAUGGAGAUGGAGGAAGAAGGUCCAUCUGAAGAUGAGCUUGAGGAGGAAGACGACGAGUAUGAAGACGAGCUGGAUUUGCUCGACUGGGAUUCCGACGAUGAAGGUGAGGAAAAUCACACACCCGCUAACAAACGGAAGGAUACCGGCAAGGGAAAGGCAGGUCGUGGCGAAGAACAAUCAGAAAAAGAGGAGGAGGAAGAGGAAGAGGAGGCCGGACUACCUUUUCAGGUGCUUGUCAGCCAUGUAUGUCGACAUUUUCGAGAAGUUGCCAUCGAGAGUCCACUGCUGUGGACUACCCUGCGUUUUCAAUUGGGAACGUCUCUAGACAAGGCAAAAAUCUGGCUGGCGCGUUCGAAAGGGCAUCCUCUCCAAAUUGAGAUCGAUUGCACCAGUUCAGACGAAGAGGACGAAGAGGAAGUAAUCGCCUCGUCCUCUCCAAAUAAUGUAACAGAUCCCCCAGAUAAUGCAUCCGAAAACGAGGGGUCUCCUCUAGAAUCCGAACCUUCUUAUCUUACCAAAGCACAAAUUUCCGAGAUUAUGGAUAUUAUAAUCCCCGCCGUGGAUCGAUGGCGAAUCUUCAGUGUCACCGCCAGCUACUACAACUCUAUUCAUCUUAUACUAGAACGCUUGUCCAAGUGUUCCUCGGCUCCGCUUCUCGAGGUCUUCGAAAUGUAUCAUUACGAAGACUGUGAUGAAUUCGAUGCAUUUUCACCACCCGAACUCAACACCAAAUUUACGAUCUUUGGUGGUGUUGCGCCAAAAUUGAAAUCGGUGGCUUUGUGGGGAGUCCACAUUGACUGGGAUACCUCUCUUUCCAUUUUGAAUGAUCUACGUGAUUUGGAGAUUGCUUACCACGCUGAUGACGUCCGUCCGUCCUUCGAGACAUUCUCCGACAUUCUCACUGGUUCGCCAGAGCUCGAGACUCUGUCGCUCUGUGUUUCCGGUCCAGCUGGCACUGGCCUAGAUUGGGGAAUCAUGCCGAUACAUAUUCCGUCUGUGAAAAGCCUCACAUUGUGUCACCACGAGCCUGCCUAUAUUGAAGCGCUCCUUCCUCUGCUCCAUGCCCCUAACGUUGUCGAACUGCUACUCGACUACGAUUCCAAUGACUUCAGUGACUUUGCUUUGCUUCUUGCCAAACCGCUUCCAGGGCGAACAAAAUCCAUUCUAGCCGGCUUGGACCACCUCAAAAUCGGCGGCCUUCCAUCGAAUAAGAAUGCCCGCCAAUUGAUGCUCGAGCAAUUGGUCAACUUGAAGUCCAUCUGUAUAAAUUGCGUUGGUGACGAGGAAGAAUUUUUCGAAAGACUAAUGGAACUCAAAUCGACUCCUUCUGAAUCUGGCACGACGCAGUCGGUGGUUUUCUGCCCACAUCUCAAUACCUUGAUGACAACGGGGGUUGAUGGAACGGCCAUGAGGAAGUUUGUUGAGACGCGUAAGCGUGGUGGCGCACCGUUGUCGAAGGUGUCGAUGAGUGAGGAAGAUAAUCUGGACGAGAAAGAAGAGAAGUGGUUGCGAGAUCAUCUGCAGGAACUUGAUUUCUUCGAACCAUCAGAUUCAGAGGAAGAGAUUGAAAUGGAAAUUGACGAUAUGUCGGAUGAUAUGGAUACGACGUGAGCAAAAGAAUUUCACAAAAAUAGAAUAUACAAUGUGUAGAUUACCAACGGGGGGAAGGGAGGGGAAGGGCCGCGUCCCGCGACUUCAACCUUGCUUGCCUCAAAACAUCUGCGUUGAAUGAAGACUUUGGGCUGUCGAUGGCCGGUCGAUGGCAAGAAAAGUAGUUUCAAAUAUAAUUCCAGGACAAUGCCCAAGGACAGGUCAGGGACAGGCCGGGAAUGCCUGUGGCCAGAAAGUGGGGAAACC